UAUUAUUAUUAUUAUUUUUUUUUAUUAUUUUCUUUUCUUCUUUCUCACCUCCCCACUGUAGACGGCUGUCGGAAAAUUCUCCCCGGUUUUUUCAUUGUUUUCGUCUAAACUUCGAAGCUUGUGGCGUUGCAGAUUGUUCGAUUUCUUGAAUCCAUCUCAGUUCGAAACCCUAAAUCGUCUCUGGCAGCCUGGAAACGGAGUGGAGAUUAUUAAAUCUUUGCUUUCGAUCGUCUGCUAGAAAAUUGGAUUAGAGGAAUUUUAACGUAAUUUGGUCAAUUAGUUGUUUCAUGCAAAGUUUAGUAGGUUUGAGCAUCAUUUGGAAGUCAAUGAAGGACAAGAUUACUAUUGUUCAUUAAACAAAUAUAAAAUGCAGACAGAUUCAAUUGUCCCCUCCAUCUCUGAGGCACAUCUUCAUUCAGAGACUAUCUUUCCUCAUGUUGGAGAUCAAGGCAUUGCAGCAUCAACUCCCGACCAUGUUAUAGAACCACUGCCUGCCAAAAGGCCGACUCGGCAAUGGGCUGCUUGGACACGUGAAGAGGAGGAAAGUUUCUUCACUGCAUUACGGCAAGUUGGCAAGAAUUUUGAGAAGAUCACUUGUCAUGUACAAAGCAAAAACAAGGACCAGGUCAGACAUUAUUAUUACCGUCUAGUAAGGCGUAUGAACAAGCUGUUGGCUCCUGGGCUAUGUCUGGAUGCUAAAAACUCUAAGGAUACUAAUGCUGCAAUGCUCCGAUGGUGGUCUUUACUGGAAAAAUAUAGUUGCAAAGCUUCAAAGCUUCACCUGAAACCCCGACGUUUCAAGAUUUUUAUUGAAGCCUUGGAGCAUCAACUUUUGAAAGAUCGGAAGAAGACUGUAAGAAAACGACCAUUGCAGGGAGAAAACUGCCCUCCACCCAUACCAAGUGCUGUCUCUAGUCAGAGCAGAGCUUUAGGGCAUGAUGGGCGUGCAGUGAAAUUAGUUUUAGUUGACACUCAAAACAUUCCAAAACUGGGCCCUAGGAAAACCUCGUCAAGACGCAAUCUGAAUGUUGGUAUUAACCGUGGAAACAAUGGUGGAUAUUCCACUGUCCUCAAACCACCAAGGCAGAGAAGAAAAUCAGAUGGUGUAUCAUCAGCUGCAUAUAAAAAAUGGGAAAAAGCUGCAAUAGCAGGCGUUUCUUUGGUUGCUGAUGCUGCUGAGCAUUUAGAGCGCACUGUCACCAAUAAAGAUGUUUUACGCGAUCAAAAUACUCCAGGGAAAAAGAAUUCUGAUCCUGCUGGGAGCCCUUUGCUGCUAUUGCCUCCUCUUCAGCCAAAUUCCUUGAUUGAUGUUGCUAAUACAAAGCUGAAGCUUCAGUUAUUCCCUGUCGAUGAUGGUACUCGUAGAGCCCUGGAAUUGGAUAAACACAAUCCACACUUGGAGCUUACUCUUAGUACAAGGAAGAAAAUAUCGUCCGUUUUAGAGCAUCUAAGUCGAAAAUGGGGCAAUUCAAGUGCUGCUCAUGGAGAGCUGAUGCUUUUUCCUUACAAUAUCCAGAGGAAAAGCCUAGCAGAUUGUCAGAGAUGGAUACAGGACUCCUUUGAGAGUGCUGGUGACGUCUAUGCAUCAAUUGGAAGGCCCCAAGUUUUUCGUUUAAGGUAUGGUUGGUGUUCGAACACAGAACAUGGGUGUAUUGAAUUUCAGACAUCUGUGCCAGCAUAUGGCAUUAGAGAUGAUCAUAUCAUGGAUGCCAGAGAUAUUGAGGGAAGAAUUGUGGAUUUAGCAUCAAUCAACGGUCAGCCUGUGGAUCUUAAUAAGGAUAAAGUAGGUACAUUGAAUAAAAAUAAUAUUUCAACUCCUGACGCGCCCAGUGAGACAGAAAGGCACUUAUCUACACGGCCAAAUGAUGGUCUUACAGGGUCCUCUGAUCCUGCAUUAAACAUUUCAUGGGAUAAAAAAAAUGUCGCUGAUAGAACAAUCAACCAACAAUCUGAUGAUGUGGAUGACCUGAAGUUAAGCAAUGGGACUUCCUUAUCAGCUGGUGAGUGGGCUGACAGCCUUACAAAUAUAAGCAUCGGAGACCUACUUUCAGGAGUUUCUCACGAUGUGGAUGCCAACUGCAUCGAUACACCUCUUCCCGAAGGCACCCAAUGUCUUCAGCAGAUCCCGUUCAGCUGUGAUUCAUUUGAUGCUGCAAUUGCUGCUCAUAUAUCCAGACAGCAAGACAAGACUGUUACUCCACCGACUUUGGCCUCCCAUUCAUCCUCCAUAUGGGAUGCUGAAGAGACAUGUGAUGCCUUCUCAUUUCAAAAGAAUCCUGUCGACCUACAAGAGCUUCCUAGUUCAUCCACUUUCUCUUCUUUACGAGGUUGCAAACACAUAGCUAGAACCAAUUCCGCCGGCCACAUGACCGAGGAUGAUUUACCCAGACCAGGGAGCCCUACUGGAGAAGAUUACAUUCAAGGAGACCCAAUGGAUGAGUGUCAGUCGGAUCCACAGAUCACAGAAACAAAAGAUAUCAAUGAGCUAGCAGACAUUUAUUGGCCUGAUUCCUUGGGGCCGUUGGAUUUGGAUUUGCCAUCAACUAACAAGUACCAUAACGAGGAUUUAAUUUUAAGCGAUAGCCUAAGCAGCUUGAACCGUUUGAUAGCAAGUAGCUUGGAUGCAUUUCAAAAUUGCUCCUUUUUCGGCUUCGACAAGAAAGAAUCAUCAUCAGCAUUCAACAGUUGACCUCCAGAAAAGCCUCCAUAUCGGAUUUUAAAGAUGGAAGCCGAGGUGUUCACUCUCGAAUCCAGAAAUAUUGGAUAGAAAGAGGGAUUCUGUAAUUUUAGAUGCAAAGUUCAGCCAUGACGGUUGAAGGAAGGAGGACAUGCCAAUGCCAGAGCACAGCGCUGCCCACGUAAGUAGUUGAGAAUCUUGGUUUUGUAUCUAAACAACUUUAUUUGCUUUUGGGGGGUUCCCCCCAUUUGUACAAAAUAGACAUGCAAAGAAAAAUCAACUUAAUUUCUAACGUUUUUUUUUUCUAAAUUUUUUUCCUUAAUGAGGGCUGUGUGUUCAGUUUCCGUAAAUUGUACACAGCUAAAGCUUUAGCUGAGAACAUCUUCAACCCAAUUAGCAAAAUUUGUGAUUAAUGUUCUUUA